AAAAUCCUUAAUGAAUAACUUAGGACGAGUAGGAGGCAAAUGCUGCCCCAGCUGUUUCCUGUUGAAAAUGUCUGUGUAAUGUAGAUAAAUGUGAGGGAUUUUCUCUCUAAAUCCGUCUCCUGUUCGCUAAAUCUCACUUCUCCAAAACGAGCCUGCGCAAUGGAACAAAGUCGGAAUAUUGAGAUGUGACAUUGCCCGCAUCUCAUCCUCUUUCUCCCCGUUUUUAAUGACUUCAAACAAGUUCAUUUUCGCCGGGUUUUGUCUUGCGGAGACCCGUGGGGAUGUCUAGCGCUCUCUCCUUUCAGUGGCAUUUAUGUGAUGUCUUCAAGAGUGCGAUGUGCUGUAUCUCCUGUAGCCACACCCUCUCACUACUGCUGUGCGUCCUCACCCUGACUCCGACGGCAACAGGGGCGGGUCCCGAGACCCUGUGCGGGGCGGAGCUGGUCGACACGCUGCAGUUUGUCUGUGGAGACAGAGGCUUUUAUUUCAGUAAACCAACGGGCUAUGGCCCCAAUGCACGGCGGUCGCGUGGCAUUGUGGACGAGUGCUGCUUCCAAAGCUGUGAGCUGCGGCGCCUGGAAAUGUACUGCGCGCCCGCCAAGACCAACAAGUCAGUUCGCUCCGUGCGUUCACAGCGCCACACAGACAUGCCGAGGACGCCCAAGGUUAGUACCGCGGGGCACAAAGUGGACAAGGGCGCGGAGCGUAGGACGGCGCAGCAGCCAGACAAGACAAAAAACAAGAAGAGACCUAUAUCUGGACAUAGUCAUUCAUCCUUCAAGGAAGUGCAUCAGAAAAACUCAAGUCGAGGCAGCACAGGGGGCAGAAAUUACAGAAUGUAGGGACGGAGAAAAUGGACAAAUGCCCAGCGACUUGGGAAGAGAGAAGGGAGUGGCCUUACCUGGUACCCCUGUGGAAUGGUUCACUGUAAAACAAAACAAAGAGGAUGGCCCGAAAAAAGCUCUUCGAAAUGAUUGAGCAAAGUGC